AUGCAGUCACUGCAAACUGGAGCUGAAUGCAAGUAUGGUAGAGGCUAUCGAGUGGUAAAUGACCAGGCAUCGCUAGUAAGUGAUGCCAGCAAUGAGCCUGGACAACCCAACCCCCAAGCUCAACCCAGCGAACUAAGUCAUACACCCAUCUCCCAAACUCCUAUACCAGAUCUAGUUGGACUUCAAUCUCCAGUCUCAACUAGAACCCGGCUGCCACCAACGUCAAUUAGUGACGAACCACACGCUCUAGGAGUUUCACCUAGUGAGGAGAGUGAGAUUGCCGAGGUCAAUCAGCAUACGAACGGCAUCGAAUACCAUGGCAACACUUCUUCAAUGUCUUUCUUAGGCAGCCUGCAAAAACUUCGAGAGCAACGCGCGACUCAAUCGAAUCCAGCGGAACGCAAAGCAUUCUCACUUGUGUCGGUAUUGCAUAAUCCGAGUUUCGUUUCAAGGCGGAAUUUCACCUCCGACCUGACAGCUGCUCUCGCCGCAAACGGAUUCUAUUCGAAGCGUGCCAAUACAUUCAUCGAGGGUUAUUUUGGGGGAAUUCACUAUGUUCACCCAAUAAUCGAAAAGGAAGAUUUCUUGUCCCGUGCCGAUCUACUCUGGCGUGGCACCGACUGUAGUGACGCUCACUUCGUCGCACUUUAUUUGACUGUUCUGUCUUUGGGUGCCUUGACUCGGACUUGGAACGAAACUACAUUGGAUGGCCUGAACCGCUUUCAAUGGAGUCGGAAACUGUUUGCUGAAGCCCAAACUAUUCUGGACGAAAUCCAGUUCAGCAGUAAAAUAGAGACCAUACAGGCUUUCUACGUUAUGGCAAAAGUAUGCCAGAACGAACUCAACCCAAAUCUCGCUUACAUGUACCUGGGCUGGGCAAUACGUUCCUGUCUAGCCACGGGCAUGAAUCGUGAAACACCCAAUGCAAAUACAAAGACUUGUAUGAGUAUGUCGAGAAUAUGGUGUGAGAUGAGUUUUCUCCUCGGUCGACCUGACACACUGGGGCAAGACGAGUACCAUAACCGUGUGAUGACCCCCGUCGAUGAUUCUGAGUACGCCAUCAUCUCUUCAAUGGUACAAUUCGGUCGUAUUAUGCGCAAAGUGUCCAUCGGAAUCUACCACUCCCAGCUGCCAACUCCAGAGACUAUUGGUCUAGCGUGUGAGAUAGAGCACGAAAUGGAUAGUUGGGUCGAUGCUCUACCUCAACGACGAGGUGCCUCUUUGAGAGAACCUGAUUGGCGACGGAAGCAAAGACUUGUUCUCGAACUACGAUAUCAUAAUGUAAGGAUGCUUCUCUUCCGGCCAUUUGUGACCUAUUACGCACGAGAGCGACUCCAACCAUCUGAUGAGUUGAUGGCGGCGGUCGAGAAAUGCAUAUCCUCGGCCCAGAAGACCAUCGAGAUCGUCUAUGAAGCUUAUAAGGUUCACACCUACUUUCGAACAUGGUGGUACAACACAACAUACAUUACCAUUGCAGCUUCAGUGCUCCUCCUUUACGAGUCGCAAACAAAGCAACGUUCGACCACAAGCACGCUUGCCUUAAUAGAGACGGCCAUCGAGAUCCUGGAGGUCAUGGAUGAGUCUAUUGUCGCUCGAAAUGCUGCAGAGGUUAUUCGACGCUUUGUGCGAGAGCUCAAUACCGUCCCCAACGGAGGCUCGGAUGACUCUAUGCUAGACGCUACGGCAAUAGAAAACGUCCAACAGGCCCCUACACCCGGUUCAUGGAAUCCUUUAGAUUUUGGGUUGACCGGCUUUGAAUUCUUGAAUUUUCCACUUGGGGAGAUGGAAGCUGUCUUUGAUGAACUGUACAGGAACCUUGAUCACAACGCUCAACUUGAGUAA